UUACACCUUCAAAUAAUACAAAAUGGUUCUGAAAUGUUAAACAACACGAAGUAUUUCACACCGCUGCUGACACGAUUAUAGUCACAGCAGGCUCACACAUGCUUCUUUUGUGUGGCUUGCGAUGUGAAAACAAGAUUCCCGACAUCAAAACACCACGAUAUUUGCGAAUAUUUGAUUUUUCAACAUACAUUUUACAUCAUCUUGUGGCAAUGAAAUACGUUCUAGUUCAAUGGAGUGCGGGAAAUAUUAAAACCAGUAUUUUAACCGAAAACUAUGUGCGAGAUAAAAGCAUGCUCUAUGAUUUCACAAAGGAGGGCAUCAUUUCGUUUGUUACCGUUCAACGGGGCGAAGUAUCAGUCGCCAAAAAUAAAGGAAAACUUGGGCGCAUAGCCUGUGUUAGUGAUGAUAGAAAAGUAAUUGAAGAACAUCAAAACUUAUUGCUGGCUGAAGACAAUGAAUUUAUUGAAGAUGAUGAGUUGCCACUUGUGUCAUAUUCGUCAAAAAGACCAAGAUUAGAUGAUGAAGGUCUAACUGAGUUCAAUGAGAAAAAUGAUUCAUCUUCUGUUGCCGAAUUGAGGCAGAAAGUAUCAACGCUUUCAAAGGAAUUGUCAUUAGAAAAAGCAAAGGUUAAAGAGUUACAAAACUUGAACCAAACAUUACAGAAGCGACUUCCUGUGUUACUAAAAAAUGCAAUGCAAUCAAGUGGAGUUAUCACACAAUUGAGAAUGUGUGCAAGUUGUAAUAAUCAGUCUUCUGGUAACAUUGUAGAAGACACAAUACUCCCAGAACCAACUAUUACAGCUAAAGAUCUACCAUCCACCACAAAUUCCAUUACUAAUACAACCUUCACAAACAUAUCAAAUACUUCAUGUACUUCUGCUCUAACAUCAUUACAAACACAGGAAAUAUCUCCAAUUUUCACUUGCCCUCCAAACAGCAUGUUAAUAUCAACACCAAUGAUUAGUUCACCAGCCAUAACUAGUGUACAUUCAAACGCUGAAGGUCUGAACCAACCAUCAACACCAGAUAGUACCCUUGCCCUGACCUUACCUGGUAUGUCAACUUCAGAAGUAUAUGAUACAUCAACAGCUAAAAUACCCUUGGCAGAAAGUUUAAAGAUUGUGCCACUUUGCAAUUGUCCAGAAAACAAUGGCAACAUAGUUUCAGAACAGGAUAAAAUUAACAAUUCAAUACCACUGGAGGUUACAUAUGCUGGGACUUUCAGAAAAAUGACAUUAGCUAUGAUGACUCAUUUUUUUGACAAAGAAGUACUUAGAGAAUCCAGUGUCACAGGAUCAGGAAAGGAAGGACGACAUUCACGCCCAGCACUUGAUGAAAAGAUUGUUCAUUAUAUUAUUGAUAAUGUUCAAAAAAAGUUCCCUGGUGUUGCAUCAAAAGCAAUCAAGGCAACAAUGGCUCAAAAAUGUAAAUAUUUACGACUGGUAAAAAAGAAAAAUCAAAAGACAGCCAAAGCUACCCAAGAUGAAACUAGGGCCACCACUAAAUGAAAGUGUAUUUAGUAGUGUAACAAUGUUACAACUUUUGAAGUGGAAAAUAUAGAAUUUUACGAUUUUUAUAACAGAAACUUUCAGCUACAUACCUGGACAGGCAGAUGGUUUAUAUGUCUUGCGUUGUGCAUUUAUUUGUUUAUUCUUCUCCAGUAAAUACUUGUCCAAUCC